AUGACAGUGAAAAGUCAGUCUUUUCUGCGCAAAGGUUGUUACGGAAAUCCGGAAAACUUUAGAAUAAAUUCUCCCAUUUGUGGAUUUAGAGAGGCUAAAAAAGGGAGUGCUGAAGCCCUACGGCAAGUGAGCCCCAACCCAUGCGGGAAACGAGAAUCCCCUCCCGGUAUAAAACGCAGGUCGCCCCUCGGCGGUGUAGCAGCCUGGCAAUCACCGAGGAGUCGCAAGGGCUCGGCAACCCAAUAUCCUGGGGAAGCGAGUCCCCUUUCCCGGAGUCCACGACAAAAGUACCCCCAACAACACCAGAAAAAACAGUACCCCGACAAAUUCCACCAAAAACGUACCCCCGACAAAAAAACCACCAACAAAAGUACCCCCAAAAACAUACCCCAACAAAAAACACCAACAACAUACCCAACAACAUACCCCCAAACAGUACCACGAAAAACAUUCCCAACACAGUACCCCAACAAAAUUUCCCCCAAAGACAGUACCACCAACAAUUACCACCAAAACAGUACCACCAAAACAUACACAAGACAGUACACCAACAACAUUCCCCCAACACAAACCAAAACAUCCCCCAAAAAACAGUACCCCCAAAACAUUUCCCCCGACAUUUCCACAAAAACAGUACCACCGCAAAAUUACCACCCAAAAAAGUACCACCGACAAUUUCCACCCAAAACAGUACCACCCAAAAAAAGUAAAACCAAAACAGUACCACCAACAGUACACAACAACAUUACCCCCAACAACGUACCCCCAACAACAGUACCACCCACAACAGUAACGACAAAAAUUACACCAACAACAUACCCCCGACACAUUUCACCCAAAAAACAACCACCCAAAAACAGUAACACCAACAACAUACCACCCAAACGUACCCCCAAAAUACACCAAAAAACAUUACACCCAAAAACGGCCCACACAAAAACCACCAACAACUACCACCCCAACAAAUUAACCCAAAAAACAGUACCACCGACACAGUACACCGACAAAAUUACCCCAAAAAAAGUACCACCAAAACUUCCCGACAAAAUUACCCCAACAUGUACCCCUGUAAAAAUCCACCGGCAACCCGUCGCACCCCAACGUCCACCGACAAAAGCGCACCGAAACAGCGCACCGAAACACUGCACCGACAACAGCCACCGACAACACCCGCACCGACAACCGCUGCACCGACAACACUCGCACCGACAACACUCGCACCGACAACAGUCGCACCGACAACCGCUGCAAAACAACGCUGCACCCACAAAAAGCGCACGGGGCAAAAGCCGCACCGACAACCCCCCACAACAGCACACGGGACAGCGCACCGACAACACCGCACGACAACCCCUGCCAAACAGCUGCACCGACAAAACCGCACCCACAAAACGCCCGACAAAACCUGCACGACAACAGUCGCACCCAAAACACUCCACCGACAACCUGCAUGCAACAGCUGCACCCACAACACCCGCCCGACAAACCCCCACCCACAACAGCCGCACCCGACAACAGCCGCACCGACAAAAGCCGCACCGACAACAGUCGCACCACAAAGCUGCACCCACAACACUCACCACAACCCUGCCCGACAAAGCCGCACCGAAACAGGGCCCCACAACGCGCCCGACAAAAACCCCCACCGACAAACCCCUGCACCGAAACACUCGCACCCCAACACCCCCAAACAAAACCCCCCACGACAAAAGCUGCACCGACAACACCCGCACCGACAAAACCCGCAGACAACAGCGACGCAAAUUGCACCGCAACUUUGCACCGACAACACCACGAAACCGGCACCCCAACAUAGCACCGAAACCCCUUUCCCGACAAAAAAUCCACCCACAACCGCUGCCCGCAAAACUCGCACCCCAAAAGCUGCCCCGCAACGUGCCCGACAAAAAGUCGCACCCAAAACCGCCCCCCGAAAACAGCCCCACCCACAAAAGCUGCCCGACAACACUGCACCGACAACAGCCGCACCGACAAAACCCACCGACAACAGCUGCACCGACAACAGCCGACCCACAACAGCGCACGACAACAGUCGCCCCGACAACACUCGACCGACAACAGCUGCCCGACAACAGCUGCCGACAACAGGCACCGAAAAACCCGCACCGACAAAACCCACCGAAAACAGCCACGAAACACUACGACCAGCCGCACCGAAACCCCUGCAAGACAACACCCCACCGAAACACCGCACCGAAACAGCUGCACCCAAACAGCUGCAACGACAAAAAGCUGCACCACAACAGCCGCACCCACAACAGCCGCACCGACAACAGCGCACGAAACAGCCCGCACCGAAAAAAACGCACGACAACAGCUGCACCGACAACAGUCACCCACAACAGCUGCCCGAAAAAAGUGCAUGACAACCCCCCCCCGCCCCCCAACAACAGCGCACGACAACAGCGCACCCAAAAAAACCCCCCGCUGCACCCACAAAAAGCCGCCCGACAACGCCGCACCGCAACAGCGCACGAAAACAGCCGCACCGACAACAGCCGCCGACAACACCCCACCGACAAAGCGACCGACAAACCCGACAAACACGCACCGCCCCAAAAAAGUCCCCCAAAAGGACCCCAAAAGCCGCACCGCAACAACCCCAAAUGCACCAAAACCCCCCCGCAACCGACAAACACCGCACCCACAACACCCCCACCGACAACCCGCACCGACAACACCGCACCGACAACACCCGCACCGACAAAGAGCGCCCGACACCGCUGCACGACAACCGCACCGACAACACCCCACCGACACACUCGCCCGACAACACUCGCACCCCAACGCCGCACCCACAACAGCCGCAGCGACAACAGCCGCACCGACAACCCCUGCACACACAACAGCCGCACCGACAACACCGGCACCGACAACACCCGCACCGACAACAGCUGCACCGACAACAGCCGCACCGACAACAGCCGCACCGACAACACCGCACCGACAAACCGCCCACAAAGUGACCCGACAACAGUUUCACCGACAACCGCCCGAAACACACCGACAAAGCGCACCGACAACACCCGCACCGACAACACCCGCACCGACAAAAGCUGCACCGACAACAGCCGCACCGACAACAGCCGCACCGAGACAACCGGCACCGACAACCACCGCACCGACAACAGCCGCACCGACAACCGCUGCACCGACAACAGCCGCACCGACAACAGCCGCACCGACAACAGCGCACCGACAACCGCUGCACCGACAACACCCGCACCGACAACACGCGCACCGACAACACCCGCACCGACAACAGCUGCACCGACAACAGCCGCACCGACAACAGCUGCACCGACAACUCCCGCACCGACAACAGCUGCACCGACAACAGCCGCACCGACAACAGCUGCACCGACAACAGUCGCACCGACAACACCCGCACCGACAACAGCUGCACCGACAACAGUUGCACCGACAACAGCCGCAACUGAAUGUAACUUCAUCUGUCCAGAAAAUGGACUUUAUCCUCAUCCACGCAAAUGCUCGCAGUAUGUUUCUUGUGCCAACUCAGUGGCUUAUGUUAAGCCAUGCCCAACUGGUCUUCAUUACAAUCCGAUAAGCAAGAACUGCGACUGGCCUCAGGAUGAAGGUUGCACUGAUGAUGAGGAAGCAUCCUGCACCUUGUCUAAUCCUGCAGCUCCACCAACACUUCCUAAUCCAAAUGAACAAAUCUGUGACUGCGAGUGUUGUCUGAAGCCUCAUCCAGAUGACUGUACAUCAUAUUAUUAUUGUGCACCUGGAGCCGAUGCACAGUUCCAUGCCUGUUCAGAUGGUCUAGUGUUCCAUCCUGAAUUCAAGCAAUGCGUCCUUCAAACGCUGUUCCCUCAGUGCCAGCCAGAAGUACCACCAACAUGUGACCCAACUGGGGAGUGUCUUUAUCCAGCUGAAGUCUGUUCAGAGUAUUACAAAUGUAACAGAAAAGGAACACCCAUCAAGUACGAGUGCACUGGAGGCCUUCUCUUCAAUGACAAAAUCCAUAGCUGUGACCUUCCUCAGAAAGUAGAGUGUUCUGAAACUCGCCGCAAGAGAAGCCUCACAAACGACGGCGCUCCUCAACAGUACGUGACAGCUGAAGAAUGUAAGCAGCUGGAGGGCAAAUUCGCAGUGGAGGGCAACCCCAACGCUUACUACUUUUGCUCUCACGGUACUGCUCACCUCAUGCGCUGUACUGACCUCGCUGUAUUCAGUUUCGCCGCUCAGGACUGUAUCUUCAUGAAAUAGAUCCAACGGUGGAUUUCCCUGAUUUUAGUUGUUAUAAUGAUGCCUUAGUGAAAUAUUUAUUAAAAAAAAAAAAAAAAAAAAAAAAAAAAAAAAAAAAAAAAAAAAACA